AAUUGAGUCUCUAACAUGGCACUUCUUCUGUUUUGUGCACAGGAUGGAGGUCUGCUGAUUAACAACCCCACAGCACUGGCUAUCCACGAGUGUAAGUGUUUGUGGCCUAACACGCCCUUGGAGUGUGUGGUCUCACUCGGUACGGGCCGCUGUGAAACUCCUGGCAAGAACAGCACCACCUACACAAGCCUAAAAACCAAGCUCACCCACAUCAUCAGCAGCGCCACAGACACUGAAGAGGUUCACACCAUGCUUGACGCCUUCCUUCCUCCCAACACUUAUUUCCGCUUCAACCCCUACAUGAGCGAAGAUAUCUCCAUGGAUGAGAACCGGCACGAAAAGCUCAAGUUGCUGCAGGCUGAGGGUAUCCGUUAUCUGGAGAGGAACGAGGAGAAGCUGAAGAAGGUCGCCCGCAUCCUCACCCAAGAGAAAACCUCCGUCCAGAGGACAGCUGAGUGGGCCAAGCUCAGGGCUGACAUGUACAACGGUCUGUCCUUUUACUCCUCCAAGCUUUAGAUCUAAUACAAACCACCUUUACCUCACUCUUCCUUUAUUCUAAAUUGCAAUGUAAUCUUACCAUGAUUAGUGUGUCAUAGUUGUUGCCUUCUUGACCUGUACCUCUGAAGAACAUUGUGUAAGUGCACAAGUAGGUAAUGUAUCUAACAUGCCAAACACUACGUCUUCCUCCUCACCUAUACUGUAUCCGGUUGCCUUUGCAGUUGGCAACACUCAACUUAACAUUCAAAGAAGAUGUGUCAAAUGACACGUGGAUUUGGGAACUCCCUAAAUAGGGAUCCACUGUCAGCUUUGCGUCUUACUUGAAGGAGCCCAAAGCAAUAGUUCAACAUUUUGGGGAAUACGUGUGUGUGUGUGUGUGUGUGUGUGUGUGUGUGUGUGUGUGUGUGUGUGUGUGUGUGUGUGUGUGUGUGUGUGUGUGUGUGUGGUGUGUGUGUGUGUGUGUGUGUGUGUGUGUGUGUGUGUGUGUGUGUGUGUGUGUGUGUGUGUGUGUGUGUCUUGCUCAGUCUUACAUGAGAAGAUGGAUACUACGCACAUGUCUGUAGAGUCUGAAAGACUGAAAAUUGGGAAACCGCUAGCCUGGCUCUGUCCAAAAUCUGCCUACUUAGCUGUUUCCCAUUUACAAACUUUAUGCGAAGCUAAGGUAACUGGUUACUAGCUCUAGCUACAUUUUUACCAUACAGAUACGAGAGUGGUAUCUAUCUUAUUGUCUAACUUUCGUCAAGAAAGCAAAUAAGCAUAUUUCCUAAAAUGUUGAACUAUAAAUGCUACUGUAGCAAGUAACAGUAUUUGCUGACUGUUUUACCAAGUCACCGCUUUUAACCACUUGAUUUUGUUUUAAAGAUUUGUUAUGAUGACCGGUAUCUGCUCACAAACCUGUGGUUGUUAAGCUAAGUUGCUAGCCUGUAACACUGUAAAACAGUAAUUUUAAAUAAAUUAUAUUACUUCAUUAUUUUUCUAAUCAAGGCCAAUUUGAGCAUCUAAUGCAAAUGACAUUUCUCAGUUGUUAUGAUUUAAAAUUUGCACAUUGAACAAUGCAGCUACUGGUCAACUGUGUAAUUGUAUGCUGAUUAUAGUGACAUUGGUACAUGAGGGCCUAAGUAUUACAGUGUUGCAUAUGUUGUAUGUAAAUGCAUGUCAUAUUUAAGAUUUUACACACAAAGAUAAGUAAACAUGUAACAAAUUGAAAAGACUUAAGUUGCAAUGAUUUACCUGUAAUAUUUCACUCUAAAAUAAAAUAAUAAUGAAAGCUGGGGUGGGCAAUUUAUUUCAGAAGCUUUUUUUUUUUUUUUUUUUAAAGCCGGUAUCUGUGGCUGUUGCAAGACUGUAGUAAGCACGGCCAAUUAUUUUAUUCGGACAGAAUAAAAUGAUUGGCUGCUGGGCUACCUGUCGCGCAUUCCCCCGGCUUUAAUAAUAAUGAUAAAUAUGAAGAGAAAGACCACAGUACGUAAGUAUCCAAAUGGAGCCUUGAUGUCAUAAGGAUGCAACUUUUAUGUAUUAUUUUAGCCUCCGAGUAUUUGAAGUUCACUUAUUUGAAACACAUCCUUGUGUGCUUGAUUGUUUGGUUUUAUGGAUCCCCCACAGGCUAUGCACAUUUUUCGCUCUGUCUUCAGUGUGCCCUCUUUCCCUUUGAUGCCUCUUCUUAAAAGCCUCUUUCACCCUUUCUACCAAAUACUGUGUUUCAUUCCCCCCUCUGCUAUACUAUAUAACAUUGGUGUAAAAAACAAAACAAAUCAUGCAUUUUUUAGCUGAAGGACUGGUUUAAAACAGAUAGAUGUGUAUUGAUUUGUUAUGGCUGAAAAUUAUCGUAAUGAUAUGUACUGCAAAAAAAAAUGCACUUGACAUUCAUUUCCAUGCCUAACCUGGUCAGUUACUAUAAAUGAUACAACAAUGUCGGUCACUCCCAAAGGACCUGCAGUAAAAUGCACACAGAUAUUACCCAGAUUAAUUUAAUUCCGCUGUUUUCCUGUUGGUCCUGUGUAAAGACUGUUUGAGAUUGUAUGUAAUUAAAAAAACAUCACUGC